AUCAGGGGAGUUGAAACCCCAAACACCUAAACGAAGGAAGCGAAGCGGAGGGGGGAAGGGGAAGCGAGCAGGAAAAAGAAGAGAAGAGCCCUCCAAUCUCCAUCUCCAUCUCAGCGCCGAUCAGAAAACAUCAGAAAAGCCCUAGCCCUAGCCCUAGCCCUAGCCCUAGCUAGCUAUAGCUUUGCUUAGAAAAAAGAAUGGGAAAGAAGAAGAAGAGAGUUUCGUCGAAGGUUUGGUGCUACUAUUGCGACCGUGAGUUCGAUGACGAGAAGAUUUUGGUGCAGCACCAGAAGGCCAAGCACUUCAAAUGCCAUGUCUGCCAUAAGAAGCUCUCCACCGCCGGCGGCAUGGCCAUUCAUGUCCUACAGGUCCACAAGGAGUCCGUUACCAAGGUUCCUAAUGCAAAACCUGGUAGAGAAUCAACUGACAUUGAAAUCUAUGGAAUGCAAGGAAUCCCAGCUGACAUCUUGGCUGCACAUUACGGAGAAGAAGCAGAAGAAGAGUCUGCAUCAAAAGUAGCCAAAGUGGAUAUUCCAUCAACCCCCAUUGCUCCUAUGGUGCCUGGAUCAUUGGGCAUUGCGUAUCCUCAACCAGCUUUAGGAGCGAUGCAACCCAUUUACAACACUACAGUACCAGGGCCACCUACUGCUUGGCCUUUUCCUCCCCGUCCUCAGCCUUGGUAUCCGCAACCUCCGGCGGUCUCAAUUCCUCCACCUGCUCCAUUGGGUUAUGCACAGCAGCCGUUGUUUCCAGUGCAGAAUGUGAGGCCUCCUGUACCAUCAUCAGCACCACCUACUCUCCAACCUGCGCAGAUAGCUCCUCCUGGGCUGCCCACGUCAGCACCUCCUCCAUCACAGCCCUUAUUUCCUGUUGGUGGUAACAACAAUAUACCUGCUCAAAAUACACCGUUUUCUGCUUCAUUGAUUUCAACAAGCAUCCCUCCAGGCUCAAUAGUAGACACUAAAGCCUCACUAGAUGGAAAUUUAGGCGGGCCACUAAGCAAUUCACAUUCAUAUGCCUCCGGUCCAAAUACUGGUGGACCGUCAAUUGGACCUCCCCCUGUCAUAUCAAAUAAAGCCCAUGCUACCCAGCCAGCAACAAAUGAGGUCUAUUUGGUUUGGGAUGACGAGGCUAUGUCAAUGGAAGAAAGAAGAAUGUCCUUAGUGAAGUAUCAGGUGCAUGAUGAAACUAGCCAGGUAAGUUAUACUACCUCUUUAAUUGUUGGAGCUUCUCUAACCAGAUUGGUAGGCUUUAUGUUUCAUGUUUUCAGAUUCAGUUAUUUACGCGUUGUUUCUUGUUUAUAAAGGUAUUUCUGUAUGAAUUCCUAUUUCUUUGUUUAAAAAAAUGAAAAAAAAAGGGGAAAAAAAUGAAAGGGCACACUUAGUAAUAAUACUUUUUAAAUAAUCCAUCUUUCUGCUACAAACCCUAUUUGGUUGAGGGGCAUGCUGUUAUAUUUUAAACUGCCAUCCUCCUGUUUGCACGCAAUGCAACCAUUCUUGUGGGCACCAAAAGAUUCAAGUAGGUAUUUACGUUACCUUUUCUGUUAGUAAUUACAUAUUUGAAGGAAUUGCUACGAUCUACUCGAGCAUUCUUCAACCUAAGUUCAUUCUCACUUAAAAACAGACUAUUUUUGCUUAUAAAAUUUGGAUGUACCAUGUUAUUUCUUCUCCCUAUACUCAACUUUGAACUGCGGACGGUUUGAGCGGAACACAAUCAAACCCAACCGUUAUUCGCUCAUUUGUAGCAUGAUUACUAUUUACUUUAUGAUCGAACAGUGAAUUCAGACUUGGCCCAGGUCAGCUUCUUUCACAAGUUUGGCAUCUCUUGUAUAGGACCAAGCAAAUAUAUAAUAUCUCACAUGAUCAAGCGCUUGGUGCUCGAAAAUCCUGUCUUAUCAUCCUCUAACGUGGUUUUAUGUUUCAGAUGAGCUCAAUUGAUGCAGCCAUUGACAGAAGGAUAUCGGAAAGCAGACUUGCUGGUCGGAUGGCAUUUUAAGAUCAGACGAC